AUGGAUCCAUGGCAACUUAAACUUCUCUGUUUAUCUAAUCCUCCUCAAUCCAUUACAGUAGCACCACCUUCUCCACACUUCCCUUCUUCUGAUAACCCUCCUUCUUCACUCCGAGUCCCAGAAUAUCUUAUCGAGCAGACCAUAAUUUCCGAAAAAAUUCAAGAAUCCCAAUACAAUAAAAUUGGAGGCUACAAACCUUUAGAAUUCUUACUCCCCCCUUCGCAAAUAAACAAAAUUUUGUUCACUCACGGAGGGGGUUUUAAUCAUUUGAUCAAAUUUCUGAUCGGCUCCCACGAGCCAAAGAUGGAUUUCACACGUGAAAAUCCAGAAAUUCCACGUGGAAACCCAUUUUUGGCUCGUGGGAGCCGAUCAUAAAUAAUGCCAAAAAGAUCAUAAUAUUUUUUUAAAAAAAUUUAGGUAAAAAUUUUUCCAAUUUUGUAAAAUUGUAUUUAAUUUGCAAAAUUUAUGUUUAAAAUGUAAGCUGUUUAAAAAUUUAUGUUUUAAAAUGCAAGCUGUUAAAAAUUCAGAAAUUCGCUAGAGAUUUCAUUAUACUAAUUAUUACGUAUAUAUCAAAAUUGUUUUUCAUAAAAAAUUUUAUUCACUCAUGGAGGGUCGAUUUUUGGUCAAAAAAUAGGGAUUUUUCCAAUAGUUUUGUUCGCUCACGGGGGAGUUAGAAACAAUUGAUAUUGCAGCCCCAAAAGCAAAAAAAACUCAGCCCAAGCCUUCAAAUCCUCUCCCAGUCCAAAAAUUCAUUAUUGACAAUUCUGAGUACGAAAAGUCCUAUGAUGAGCUCCAAAGAUUAAAUUCUGAGCUAGCCCAACAAAAGGAAAAUGCAGAAUAUAAAAAAAAGCUGGAUUUAUUAGAAAAAACUUUAAAUAGAAUUGAAAAUGUAUCAAUAAGACUGAAUGAAAUUUCUGACAAAAAAACACAAGAGAGAUUAAGUGAGCUGGCUUUUGAAAAUGAGAAAAGUGACAUCAAAGACAUUUUGAAAAAAAUGAAUAAAGAGACUGAUAAAGAUGAGGAAAGCAGAAUAGGGGAAUUAUUGGCAAAAAAUAAAGCCAUUUAUAGCGAAGUUGAUACAUAUUUAGAUAGUAGGAAGAGCAAAGUUGUAAAUAGGCCGAGCUGUAUUCAAGUAAAUCCAAUGCGAGUAGCAAAAAUAAGAAGGGUGUCUCAAGUCAAAGUUGUUAAAUAUCCUCCAAUUUCGCGUUUUAAAAGCACAAAUUUCUAA